AUGACUUUGUCUAUGGCCGAAAGCUCAAAGAAGGCUUCGAUUUUUCCAGUUGGUUUUAGGUUUGAUCCAAACGAUUUGGGGUUGGUGAGGCGUUAUCUUCGCAACAAGGUCGAUCAUAAGGUGGACGCGUUCUUAACAACGUUGGAUGUGUACGCCGACGUGCCGUGGCGUCUUGAACCCGUAGACAACCCUCUGUUCAAGAAAAAGGAAUGGUACUACUUUGUUGAGAGGAUCAGAAGAGGUGGCAAGACACCGAAGCGGACCGUACCGGCAAGAGGAGACGGCGAAGGCGGCACUUGGAAAAGCACAGGUGCCAAAACGGCUAUCAUGGACGGGAACAAGAAGGUGUGGGGUUACAAGCAGAGUCUCGUGUUCAACAAGAAAGUCAAUGGAAAGCCAGUCAAAACUGAUUGGCUCAUGACCGAAUAUUCCCUUAACAAGGACGUUCACGACCAUACGGUCUUGUGUUGGAUCCGAGACAAGACCGAGAAGAAAAGCAAACCAGGGUUCGUUGACCAGGUGCCUCAGGUGGAGAACAACAUCUUACCGAACCAAGUGGAAGAGCAUGAAGUUGGUUUAGCCGUUUCUGCUAGUGGGCCUGAGAUGAUGUAUGAGGGAGAACAUGCUGAGGUCACUCAACAGCAACACCAACAAUAUACACCGAUUGUUCCUCAUCAACUUCCAACCCAAGUUUCGGAUUUUGCGACGAUGAUCGUGAAUAGCAACAACAACUACAACGACAACGUCACGAUGAUGGGUGAAGGACAACAAAUUCAACAACAACAACAACAACCUCAUGAUGACGAUUUAGGUUCCCAUGGCUUGGACAUGGCUGGUGAAGACCGUUUCUUUACCUACGACGAACUUUUCAAUACGGAAGGUGGCACCACUCAAGAACAAUAA